AUGGCCAACCACACGAGAGCAGACAAAGUUGUAAAGGCAGAGUAUAUGAUUACUAUGGAUUGUAAUGCCUGUGCAAGAAGAGUUGCCAAAGCCAUUUCCAAACUCAAAGGUGUGGAGAAGUUCAUGACUGGCAUGACGGAUGACAGGGUGGUGGUGAUAGGAAGGAUCAAUCCAGAGAAAGUAUUGAAGAAACUGAAGAAGAAAAUGGGGAAGAAAGUAGAGCUUGUGGUGAAUGAGGAUCAAGAUGAUGAAGAUGGGGACGAAAAGGAGAAUAAUUGCAGCGGGGAAGAAGGUAUGGGUUCUUGGCUGGAUCACUAUUAUGGUGACGGUGAAAUCCACAUGAUGUUCAGUGAUGAAAAUGCAAAUUCUUGUACAAUGAUGUAA